CUGUAGGCACAUGACAUGCUGAAUGGUUGAAUCAAACAUUAGUGAUACGAGAUAUUAGAUGUUUUCCUAGCUAACGAUGCUCUCUUGUGAUAGCUAGGGUAAAAUACCGCAGCAUGUUUCAGCUGUAACAUCAUCUGACCGUCAAAUUAAUGGAAAAACACAGGCAUUCAUUAUUGUUGUUAUUGUUUAUUAUUAUUAUUACAAGACAGUGGUGUAAGAAGUAACGUUACACAGGUACUUUACUUAAGUAAAGGUAGAAAUACCAUGGUAUCAAAAGUAUAAGUACUCACUUUGCAGAAUGGCUCCUUUCACAAUGUUAUGCUAUAUUAUUAUAAUAUAUUUUAUAGUUUGUAUCAAUAACGUAUAUACAUAAUAGUAUUUUAUUUGUUGUACUUCAUCAAUGUGGAGCAUUUUUAGAUACUUCAUGUACUACUGGGUAGAUUAGUAAGUAGUAUACUACAGAGUCAUAUGUUAUAUGAGGAAAUUAGGAAAAUACUUUCUCCACCACUGGUUGGGUCCAAGCUUCAUUUCACUACCUUGAACCUGAAACACCUGAUUCUUCUGGCCACAACAUUAACAUAUCAUCACAUUUUAGGUUUACAUGUUUCUCAUCCAGCUGUUACAGAACAAGAGGAUCGUUCAUUUGCAGAGUAACUCUUUACUAAACAGCUAAUAGUCACUUUAAAGUGUCUGCAAGUUUAAUGUUUAGCAGUCAUAUUCUUGUUGUGUGUCUGGUACCUGAUUGAUGUGAUAUGAAAGGCCCUUUCUCUGAAGUGUGAGACUUAGUGCACUUAAAUACACUCUGUAGAGAUGAGUACAGCGGCGCAUACAAAUACACUGAUAAAUCAGAGGAUGAUUUUUCCUCUCCAGGUUGUCCAGCGUCAUGAGUCAGCGGACGGAGCGACGGGGGGGGAUCCACGUGGACCAGUCGGACCUGCUGUGCAAAAAGGGAUGCGGUUAUUACGGCAACGCGGGGUGGCUGGGCCUGUGCUCCAAGUGCUGGAGGGAGGAGUACCAGCGUGUGCGGCAGAAACAGAUCCAGGACGACUGGGCCUUGGCAGAAAAGUUGCAGCGGGAGGAGGAGGCAGCAUACGCCAGCAGUCACGGAGCGCAGACACAGUCCCAGUCCACAGCACCACAACCACACCCGGGCCACGCCUCCCUGGGACCCUUCUCCAAGUUUGAGGAGAAGAAGACCAACGAGAAGACACGUAAAGUGACCACCGUUAAGAAGUUCUUCAGCCCCUCAUCACGCACCGCUCCCAAAAAAGAAACCCCAGAGGGAAAGACACCCAGUCCGUCAAUCAGCCGCCGUGCCAGCUUCGAUACGGACCAGGUGACCAAAGACUUUGCAGACUUCUUGAAAAACCUCCAGAAGCCCGGCCGGGAGAUCCAAAAGCAGUGCCGGGCCUUCAUUGUGAGCAUGUCGGGCAAGAAGGACCUGGGUGCUGACGAGCUGUCGGAGUGCGUUCAGGAUUUCUACCAGAACUUGGCCGACCGUCUGAUGGGUCACUUUAAAGGCUCUUCAGAGUCUGUGGAGCAGGUGAUGGACCAGGUGGAAAAGUACAUAAUGACUCGUCUGUACAAGAGCGUAUUCUGUCCAGAAACCACUGAUGAUGAGAAGAAGGACUUGGCCACACAGACCAGGAUAAGGGCGUUACACUGGGUAACCAUCGAGAUGCUCUGUGUGUCUAUGGAUGAAGAAAUCCCUGAAGUCUCUGAGAAUGUGGUCAAAGCGAUAACAGACGUCAUUGAGAUGGACUCAAAGAGGGUUCCUCGGGACAAACUUGGGUGCAUCACGAGCUGCAGCAAACAAAUCUUCAGCGCCAUCAGGAUCACCAAGAACGAGCCGGCUUCAGCAGACGACUUUCUCCCCGCGCUCAUUUACAUCGUGCUCAAAGCAAACCCUCCGCGACUUCAGUCCAACAUCCUGUACAUCACCCGCUUCUGCAACCCCAGCAGGCUGAUGACCGGAGAGGAUGGAUACUACUUCACCAACCUGUGCUGUGCAGCGGCUUUCAUUGAGAAGUUGGACGCUCAGUCCCUCAACCUUUCCCCGGAGGAGUUUGAGCGCUACAUGUCGGGCCAAGCCUCGCCGCGAUGCAACAGCUCAGAGGGCGACUGGACCCGCGCCGAACCGCCACCGGCCCCCGUCAACCCCGUCCUGGCUCAGUUAAACCACAACCUGGAGGUGCUGUCGGGCCUGAGCAGCCGGCAGGAGACGCUGAUGGAGGCUGCUCAGAGCCUGCAGGCCGACCUCCUCUCCUGGCCCGGGAGCGUGCAGCGGGAGGUGGACGAUGUCCUGGCGAAAUACCCUCUGGAGGUUCUGCCUCGCACCGUGCCUGCCAUCGAUGACAACGACGUGGACAAUGACAACCUGCCACCGCCACUCACGCCCCAGGUGUUCGCUGGGUAGUGGAGUCUUCAAAAAGGGAGUAAAAACAUUUCACGCACAGCAACGGUACUCCUGCUUUAAUAUAAAGUCAACUCAUUGCCUGUGUUUUGAGCUUCAUGGAAACAUCCCACACACACUAACCUCCUGAAUAUCAUGCCGAGCUUCUUGUGCACUUUAAAGCCUGGUCACACCAGUAUUUAUUGUUUUUAACAGAUAAUCACAGCGAUCAACUGAUUCUUUGGGGGUAAUUUGAGAUGCAAAUUUGCACCAUUGACUGAUAACAAGUCAUCUAGACGGUGCCGACCUACAGAAGAAUGGAGAGAGCCGGAUAGACUAAGUACUGUACUUCAGUACAGUUUUGAGGUACUUGUAGAUUACUUGGGUAUCGCUACUUUAUACUUCUACUCCACUACAUUUAUUUGAUAAGUUUAGUUACCUUGCAGUUUGAGAUUAAUUACACAGAAUGUAAUCAACUAAUACAUUAUAACGCACCAUUAUAGGUUAAGAUACCCAGCAUUAAAUAAAGUAAUUUAAAUUUAUUUCACCUUUAACAGCUGCUGCAUUAAAGUGAUUAACACAUUAAUGCAUCACAAACGGAAAUGUCUCUUGAAUGAACCGUGUGAACAUCUUGUCAGUUAGCCAACUUGUUAGCACAGAGAGCAUAUUUAACUCUCUAUGAAAUAAAAGGGAGUAAACGGUAUACUGAAUGCAGCUCUGAGUGGAUAAAUUGCAGCUUGCUAGCGCCUUAGCGGUUUGUCACUCUGGUGUGAUCGGGCCUUUAUGGUUAUUCUGCUCUUUCAUCACAGUCGGCAACUGUGACGUUUUUUAGUAACCACAGUAUCUGGUUUGUCUGAACAAACAGCAAGUAUAAACUCCUGUAUAUUGGUGAUGUGUUGGUGUUUGACGUGUUAUUUCGGGUUUUUAUCUUCUUUUUUCCCUCCAAUAGAGAGGCGAGGUCCCGCCACAAAGGGACCUUAAAAUAUGAACGAUAGUCGAUGGCGAGAGACCAAUCAUUUUUUAUCUUGUUUGAAUUGUGCCUGAAUUACACACGUUUGUCAAUUUAAAAAGAAAAUUUGCACAUCUCGCUGGUUUAAACACAUCUUAUAACGUUGCACGAGCGACGUAACGUUAGUUCACCGAGCGGUUUCACACAAAAUUAAAUGUUAACGACAAACUGCAACUUUCUUGACUUGUAAAACUAUCUUUAUAAAUUGACAAACACAUUUGUCUCUCGCCGUUGACUCCCGUACAUAUUGUUUCCAAAAUAAGGUCCCAUGGAGGAAACAGGAAACAGGGGGACUUUGCCUCUAAAUAUACCGUUUUGUUAGACUUGUUAAUAUCACAUUCCUGUGUUUUAUACGUUUAAUAUGCGUGUGUAAUAUUUUGAUCUGAAAUCCAGCUGUAACACAUUUAGAGGAAACAGAACCACUUCUCAUCAUCGUCAAGUAUCAAAUUAAUUUUAAGAGGCUCUUCAGUUUUUUUAUUUUUUAUCAACACUGUUUUAACAUUGUACUGUGUUUUUAGAGUUAGCUGUAUUAUGGCAGGCUUCCUGCACAUCCACCUUCAAAUGCAAAAAAGCAUGUUUUAUGACAGAAAACUAUGAAUAAUGUGUUUAAAAUAUUGAUUCAUAUGGUUUUUCUGUGACGUACUGUAUAAUAUUGGCAUUAAAACAGGCUGGUGUCUGAUGCUCAACUA